AUUUCUGCUCGUAACAUUGAUAGAAAGCAACAAAAGAGACUGAAAGCAAUCUUUAAUAGAUUUGCUUCAUCGAAGGAUACUUUUGGUGAACCAAUAAUGACACCAGAAGAUUUUGUCAAAUCAAUCACACAAAGAAACAUUCCUUUCACUCAAGAAGAAGUGCAACAACAACAAAAGCAAACAAUGACCUCAAGUAACUUGGAUUUAUUGUUUAAAGCAGCAGAUUCUGGUAUGUCUGGUAAAAUUACCUUCCCAGAAUACUUGUUCCUCUUCAAAAUGCUCACAACACCUGAAAGUGAAUUCCAUCUCUUAUUUAAAAUGUUUGAUUUGAACAAGGAUGGUGCUAUCAGUAAGGAUGAAUUCAAGAAGGCAAUGAAAUUGAGUAAUCAAAGAGGUAUUGACUUUGAUUUCGAUUGUGACUUAAUGCACAGAUUCUUUGGUCGUGAUGGUACUGGUUCUCUGAGUUUUAAUCAAUUCUCACAAUUCAUGAAAUUAAUGAAUGAAGAACUCAGAAGACAAGAAUUCCAAAAACUUGAUGCCACAGGAAAGGGUUUCAUUUCCGGUUCUCAAUUUGCCACUCUCAUUACUCAAUAUUCAAUUAAUCUUCCACAAAGAGUUAAGGAAAAUAUUGGUAAAAUCCCAGAAUCAACAAAGAUUUCAUAUGCCGAAUUUGAUGCUUACAAUAGAGUUAUUAGUAAUUUGAACUCUAUUGCUCAAUCCAUUAGAGGUUUGGGUAACAGAGAAGGUGGUAUGAUCACCAAGGAAUCAUUUUCCACUGCUGCUAGACGUGUGACAGGUAUUGUCCUCAGCCCAAUGGAAAUUGAUAUUAUUUUCAACAUGUUUGCCACUAAGCCAGAAGAAGGAGUUUUAUAUAAGCAAGAUUAUGAAGAAUUUAUUCGUGUUAUGGAUGAAAACAAUAAUAGAAGACAACACAUUUUGGAUAGUUGGAGUAGAGAUGAAGUGACACCAGAUGGUAUGACAGAAAUGACUUUCGGAGAAAGAUUUUUGAACGGAGUUGUUAAAAUUGCCACAAAGACCUUGUAUGGUGGUAUUUCAGGAGCUAUUGGUGCUUUUGCUGUCUUCCCAAUUGAUAUGGUCAAGACACGUAUGCAAAAUCAAAGAAAGCUUCUUGGUAAUGCUGGAACUCCUGCUCCAAAUCAAAUCAUUUAUAAGAACAGUAUUGAUUGUUUUAGACAAAUCUAUCACUAUGAAGGUAUUAAGGGUUUCUAUAGAGGUUUAAUUCCACAAUUGAUUGGUGUCUCACCAGAAAAGGCCAUCAAGUUGGCAACCAAUGAUACAUUGCGUGAUUUGUUCGGAAAGGAAGGUGAUGAAAUCUAUUUCCCAUUGGAAGUUUUGGCUGGUUGUGGUGCUGGUGCUUCUCAAGUUGUUUUCACUAACCCAAUUGAAAUUGUCAAGAUUAGAUUGCAAGUUCAAGGAGAAUUGGCCAGAACUGAAGGAAUUGCUCCAAAAGGUGCCAUUCAAAUCUGUAAAGAAUUAGGUUUAAAGGGUUUAUAUAAGGGUGCUUCUGCCUGUUUUGCUCGUGAUAUCCCAUUCUCUGGUAUUUACUUCCCACUUUAUGCCUUCUUGAAGGAAGAAUUCAGAAAGGAAGGUGAAACUGCAACAAGUGGUGGCAAUUUGUUUAUUGCUGGUUCAAUUGCUGGUGGUGUUUCUGCUGCUUCAGUAACUCCUUUCGAUGUCAUUAAGACCAGAUUACAAGUUGAAGCUAGAGCUGGUCAAACUCAAUAUAGAGGUAUUGCUCACUGUGCCAAGACAAUCAUGAAGGAAGAAGGUCCAACAGCUUUCUUCAAGGGUACUGUCCCAAGAGUUUUAAGAAGCAGUCCACAAUUUGGUGUGACAUUGCUUGCUUAUGAAGCUCUCCAUCGU